UCGUAUUUUUUGCAAUGUGUCACUAUCGUUCUCAGCGUGUUUUUUUAUUUGUAAUGAUUUGUGUUUUUUAUUUGUAAUAAAAAACAUAUAGAUUAGAAUAUUGAAUAGACUAGAAUAUAGAAUAGAUUAGAAUAUAGAAUAAAUUGGCAUAUAGAAUAUUGAAGUUUUUAGGUUACUCAGUUGUGAUUUACAUUAUAUAUAAGUUAUCAGCUUUCAUUGAAACUGAAAAAAAAACUGCAGAUAAUUUAAACCUUUCAUCAUUUUGUAACAAAUUUUAUUUAGAACUUUAAAAUAUUAUAUUAUGCUGUUAACGUCUUCUCGCAUAAGCUGUUUUUCUGCGAUUUUGCUUGCGUAAAUUAAAGCUUACGUCACCCGUGUAUGAUAUAGCUUUUCAUAGAUAGAAAAAAAUAUGAUCGGAGUAAUAUUUCCCAAAUUAUUAAUAUAGAUAUAACUUACUAAUCCCGUUUGAGUCUUAACAAGUUCAACUUGAAUUCUUGCCACCCUUUGUCAUCCCGUUCCGGGUUUUAUAAAAAAACACGUCAUUGAUCUAUCCAUACUUCACCCCCCGUUGAGAAUGAAGCGUUAUAUGUUAAUCGGUGUUUAAUCGACGUGAAUCGUAAAAUCUAUCGAUGUCAUCAUUUAUAUAUUAAAAACAUGUUGCCUUUAUAUAGAUCAGUUGCGUGAUAUUUGUAGAUAUAAAAAUUCGUAAUUUAUUCCUUAUAAGAAGUUUGGUAUAAAAAGUUCAACCUUUUUUUUGUUAUGUAUGCAUAAUAAUUUGAAUUUCAUAACAUUGAGAACUUUGCAUUUUCAAAUUUUCUUACUUAUUUAUUAUUAUUUAACUUAUUUUGUAUAUUUCUUAUUUACUUAUAUUAUGUUUAAUCAUACUGUUGACGACUGGCUUUGUAAGACACUAUACUUUUUAGUGAAUUUUAUAUUUUUACAAUUUGUUCUUUUUGAUUUUACUCCAUAUUAUUGACAUCGUCUUUUCCCGUGCUAGAGCUGUGAUUUGUGAUUUAUUAUUAUAUAGUUCAUUACUUAUCCAUUAGCUUUUUAUUAUACAGCCAUCAUUCAUUAUCAUUAACAUUGUGUGCUUUCAGAACCAAAACUAGUCAAAUCUCGCAUUGUAUAUAAGCACUCUAGUUUACCUUUGGUAUCAAUACACUUUAGGAUGAUAUUGCAAUGUAAACUGAAGUAGGCCUUAAUUGAACUUUUAAGUAUUUACUUAGAGAACUAUUUGUACCUAAUUCGCUUAGCAGUCUAGCAUGAGAAAGCAGAGUUUAUCGAAAAUAAUAAUAAUUAGGUUUUAUUGAUUUCGUCUUGAGCUUUUUUAUUUUUAUUUAAAAGACUUAGUCGCUAAGCGAUUUUGUCAACCUAUUAUUAUACAGAGUUUAGUAUAAAUGAGUACCUAUUUAAAUGAAAUAAUUAAAAUUAAUAUUCGCAAUACCCAAAAGUUACUUACCUGUAAAGGUAUUCUAUUAAGAAGUCGUUUUUUAUCUUAUUAUUGUGCCACGAAUACUUAGCACAAUUAUUUGAUUUAGAUUUAAGAUUAUAUCAAUGUUUGCCAUAUUCUAAAUAGAAUACAGUAUAUAGAGAUUACCGAUAACAGGUAUACAGAACGAUCGUUUAUCUCCUCUAGCUUUAAACUCUAGCCAUAGGAUACGACGUCUUUGUUAUUAUAACGUUAUUUCGUUUCAUUUCACCACAUUGACAUGUUAAAAAAUAUAACGAAAUCCAAACGAUAAAGUUGAAUAAUGAUGAAUGUUGAUUUGACAGUAGUGUUUCCAAUUUAAUAAUUAAUAUCAAAUUUGUCUACCUAAACACAUGUCAAAAAUAGUGAAAUGAAACGAAAUAUCGUCAUAAUAUUUGCUAAAAUGUCGUAAGCUAUGGCUGGAGCCUAGGCUGUCGCAACCCUGGGUUAGUCUAGUAUGUGAAAUCUGAAUUUAUCAAAAAUAAUAACGGGUUAACGUGCCUUCCGAAGCACAGAGGAGAAAAUGGCUUAUCUUCCGUUUUGCAAAUCGAACUCGCUAACCACCUCGUCAUCGACCACCUCAGUUUUUUUUUAUGUAUAUCUAUAAUAUAGAAACAAUCUUGAUAUCUUGUAGAACCAAUGUAAUUAUUGCUAUAUUUUAAAAGACUUAAUAUCUAAUGUGAUAAAGGUCCCAUAUUUAAUUUUUAAUGAAAUAUCUUGCGUUAUGUUUUACCUUCUGUAUAUAUGAAAAAUAACGCAGAACAUUUUUAUGAAAAUAAAUAGGGCUCCUGACAUUUUAUGUCGUAAUAAAAAAGUAAACAUUUAAACAAAUACUUUUUCUAUUAUUUUUUUCUUUGCAAUACUUCCAUAUGCUACUGCCAUCUGUUAUGGAGUAGAAAAUUCAAUUACUGUAUUUUCUUUCAAAAAAGUUUAACUUUGCUUCACUAGGUGGCGCAUCAUACAUAAUACUAUAUUCCUAUAUACGCAAAAUGCAUUGCAGAAUAAAACAGUGACCAUAAAUUGAUUUUUUUUAUAAUAUAAAUAAUAUUUAAAUAGAGAAUAUUUAGAAAGAAAAAAAUGUGUUAUAAUAAGUCAGAGGGCUGGUGAAGUCAGCAGGGAGUUGUGCUUCAUUAUCUGUUUUAAUAAUAAAAAAAAAUGUCAUUGUCAUAAAAUUACUCUAUGUCAUUGUUUAUCAACAACAAUGACUGCAGUUUUAUUAUGCCUAUUUUAGUUUAUUUUACGCUAAAAUAAAAAAGUAUACGAAAAAAAAAUAUGUGAGAACUACAUAAAAAUAUAAAACAAGAUGAGAAUAUUGAUUGAUGACACAAAAAGUUAAUUAUGAUAGGUUAUGUUAGUUAAUUUUAAUCAAGAAGGUAACGUUUUUAUAAGCAAUUAUAGCUCUUCUUACAUAGACACGAUGAGAUUACCUAUCACAAGGCAUCCUUUGAAGUAUUUCCGUGUAUUAUAUAGUACAGAGAAGAAACAUAUUUUCUUUCCCAAUGUAGUUUGUUACUAUGCUACAACUUUUGAUAUUUAUGGGCUUACAUACGAUUUCAUUGAGAGAUAUAAAUUUAAACAAAAUAAUAUUAAUACAGAUAUGAACAAUUUUUCGAUAAGACGCUAUAUGGAUCAUGGUAGUAGUUUAAAAACGGUAACAAAUAUGAGUGAGAACGAAAUACAGGAAUUCAUAAUGAAAUUGCUUUCAAAGAGCAAAGACAAUCAAAUUGAAGAAAUAAUAACAUAUUGUCGUAACAAUCGCAAGUUCAUAGGAGAAUUGACUUUGAAAAGAUUAUUCAGGCAUUAUAGUUCAGCAGGCAAGCCAGAAAUGAUAUUGUAUUUGCAGAGUUAUUGUUUAAAAGUUGAUCCAGAUUUAUACCGAAGAAAUGGGAAGUUUAUGCACUUCUUGGCAAAAGCCCAAUGUCUCAAAGGGAAUGCUGAGAAAGGUCUGUCAAUAUUAAAGGAAUGUUAUGAUAAAAAUGAAGGUCUACGGAGUUUUUAUAGAAUUAUACUUAGGGAACUCAUACAAGAUGUUGUAUUGAACAAAUCAGAGGCAUCGCUGGUUAUAUUUAAAAGAUAUGUUAUGGAUUUUAGCAAUGUUUAUAAAGACUACUAUCCAUUGAUUUGUUUGUGGCAUUUAUGCUGGUCUAGUAAUUGGUUUUCAGACCAAGUUUUGGGUGAUAAAUUGUUAGAAGAAAAUGAAGAUUUAAGAAAUAUUGUAAAAGACAAGGCCACAGCUUUUAGUAUAUCAGCCCUGAAAGAUUACAAUGAAGAUGCUGUGAUGAGACUGUUGCAGAUACUCCUCAAAUACCAAUUAAUGGGUGAAUAUGUGAAGGUGCUUCAAGUGUUGUUCAAUUUUAAGUUGCGUAACAGAGAUCUACGCGGUUGCACAGAAAUUAUAAGAAACUGUGAGCUGCUAGGUCUAACUCUUCCAUCAGAUCAGCAGGGUAGAUUUUUAACAAUGUUGAUAUUAGGUGAAACUUCAAAGGAGACAGAAAAACCAACAUGUAAUACGGCAAAGAACUUCAAGCUUAAGUUUUAAAAUAUGUAUAUUAUGUUUUUAAUUUUAGAUUUUGUGUAGAAUAAACUAUUUUAUUGUUAUCUCGCAU